UGGAGACAGGGUUCUCACUAUGUUGCUCAGGCUGUUCUUGAACUCCUGGGCUCAAGCGAUCCUCCUGCCUCAGUCUCUGAGUAGCUGGGACUGCAGGUGCAUGCUACUGCUGCUGGUUCCCAGUCCACCACAGCUCCGGGAGUGGUGGGAAGGCUGUGCCUGGGCAGGGGGCAGCAGAAAUGCCUGUGGGAGUCAGCAGUAGCUGUGCAUUGCAGGCGUGUGGGCCUGGGGGAGAGGUGAGGAUUGAUCCUGAGGGCAUUGCGGAGCUGAGGAAAAGCUUUCAGUCAUCCGCCACCAUUUACUGAGCACUUAUGCGCCAGCAUUGCAUCAGUACUGGGAAUGCAGCGUUCUACUUAUCAAAGUCCCUAUCCUCAUGGGGCUGAGGGAGACCCACCUGAAACGCGAAUAAGCAAGGAGCUGGUUAGAGGGGAGGUGCUAGGCAGCGAAUUUAAAUCAGGUGACGACUGGGUGCUUCUUUAGAUGCAGGCGGCAGCGGGGAGGGCCUGUGAGCUGAUCCCAGUUUGGCAAGGUGAGGCAGUCAUGUGGGGUGGGAGGAGAAGGAACAGCCCUCCAGGUGGAGGGAACCACAGUGCAAAGGUCUGAAGGGAGGACAACUUGGUGAGGUGCAGGGACAAGCCUCACGGAGGCCUGUGUGGCUUGGUAGAGUAGGGAAGCACGGAGGAGACCAGACCAGGGCUGUGGGCCUGGCAGGGCCUGUCACUGGGAGCCUUGUGGACUAUGAGAAGGAGCUUGGAGUUGCAGCAGCAGCAGCCUGGUCACAUUUAGGGUGUUAGCAGGUGACACAGGAGAGAGUCACAGGCUCCUGCCUGGGGAUGUGGGGAUAUUUGACUGAGCCGAGCAGGGUGUUUCACAGGCCUCCCACUUCCCCUCGAGUAGCAUCACUGCCUUGGAGCCAGCAAAGGCCCUACGGUUGCCUCCCUCUCUGUGGUUUUCACACCGUGUUCCCCAGAGCCCGUGGCUGUUACUUUUAGGGAGAGAGGCGAGGAGGCUCAGCGGGCCAAUUUUUCUGCCCAUCCCUCCCCACCCCAACCAACUGGACUAAUACUGAAUAGCAACGCAGAGCAGCAGUCCACAUCUGAUACAGACAUCACCCGCCGACCCUGCUUCCACGCCGCUGUGGGCUUGCAGGCCUGCACCAUUCCCGGUGCUCUUCUGGAAUUGGAAAGACCAGGCCUUGUGACUGGUACCCAGCAGACAUGUCUCUGGUGGGCAUCAGGUGUGGUGAUGUUACAAAGGCAAAAUAAAUGAGGGCCAGAUGAGAGUGUGGCCAUGUUUCUCCACUGUAGCUGGGUGAUCAGGGAGGACCUCCCUGAGAAGGUGACUUGUGGGCAGGGACUGAUGGAGUGCUUGUGAGGGAGCCAUGGGAGGAUCUGGGUGAAGACCCGUUAGACCCAGGAGGAAUCUUCUCUGAUUCCCACUUUACAGUGGUGAGGCCUGGAGAGCCUCUGUAGCUUGUGCUGGGUCCCCCAACCAGGAAGUGUUGGGGACAGGCUAUGAAUCUGGGCCUCCAGAGAUUCCCCCAGCACAACUUGGUAGCCCCUGGUGCGUGUGACUUCUGAUCCCACCCAUGGGCUCAUCCCUAAGGCUUAUCUUCAUUUAAAAAUUUUUUUCUGGAGCUGGGAGACUCACUAUGUGGCUCAGGCUGGUCUUACUUAUCUUGCAGGAGCAGGUGCCCUGGCAUUUGUUUUUUGAGGUGUGUUCCAGGGUAUCUUCCUUGAAGGAGCAGAACCCCUCAGAACAAACCUCUAGGGUCUCCAGAAGCCCCCUGGGAUGGGUUGGGAUGGAAAGGAAUGUCUUUCAGACUUGAGCUCCAAGCCCCUGGAGGGCCCAGGGACACCCCUUCCUGGGCCUCUCUCCAGCUUCCCAGAGCUCUCAGCAGAAGGCCCUCAACCACAGGCCUCCGGGCCGCACGGUGGGGUGGUUCCAUGGCAGGCUCUUCUGGACAGCCAGCCAAGCAGUGAGAGGCCCAGCUAGGGGAGACAGCCUGGGAGCGGGACCAGGAGGGAGGGAGCGCACGUGGGAGGGGUGCUGGGUGGGAGUGCAGGCUGGCCCCCUUGGGGCAGGACCCACUGCCAACUCGGCACCUACAGCAGGGCCCGGGUGCACUGAGUGUGCCCAGCAAGGGACAGCAAGCCGGGCCAGCCAAGAGGACAAUGGAUGUCAGAGGUCCCUGCAGGAGUUUCUCCAGCCCAGCUGUCCUGCUGGAGAAGCUCGUCCGCAGAUGUUGUUUCUAAGGACUGUGCCCUGUCCACGGCGCCUCCUGCAUGUCCUGCUGCCCUGAGCUGUCCCGAGCUAGGUGACAGCGUGCCACGCUGCCACCAUGAACGAGGUGUCUGUCAUCAAAGAAGGCUGGCUCCACAAGCGCGGUGAAUACAUCAAGACCUGGAGGCCACGGUACUUCCUGCUGAAGAGUGACGGCUCCUUCAUUGGGUACAAGGAGAGGCCCGAGGCCCCAGAUCAGACCCUGCCCCCCUUAAACAACUUCUCUGUAGCAGAAUGCCAGCUGAUGAAGACUGAGAGGCCGAGGCCCAACACCUUCGUCAUACGCUGCCUGCAGUGGACCACAGUCAUUGAGAGGACCUUCCACGUGGAUUCUCCAGAUGAGAGGGAGGAGUGGAUGCGGGCCAUCCAGAUGGUCGCCAACAGCCUCAAGCAGCGGGCCCUGGGCGAGGACCCCAUGGACUACAAGUGUGGCUCCCCCAGUGACUCCUCUGUGGCCGAGGAGAUGGAAGUGGCGGUCAGCAAGGCACGGGCCAAAGUGACCAUGAAUGACUUCGACUAUCUCAAACUCCUUGGCAAGGGAACCUUUGGCAAAGUCAUCCUGGUGCGGGAGAAGGCCACUGGCCGCUACUACGCCAUGAAGAUCCUGCGGAAGGAAGUCAUCAUUGCCAAGGAUGAAGUCGCUCACACGGUCACCGAGAGCCGGGUCCUCCAGAACACCAGGCACCCGUUCCUCACUGCGCUGAAGUACGCCUUCCAGACCCAUGACCGCCUGUGCUUCGUGAUGGAGUAUGCCAACGGUGGCGAGCUGUUCUUCCACCUGUCCCGGGAGCGUGUCUUCACAGAGGAGCGGGCCCGGUUUUACGGCGCGGAGAUAGUCUCGGCUCUUGAGUACUUGCACUCGCGGGACGUGGUGUACCGCGACAUCAAGCUGGAAAACCUCAUGCUGGACAAAGACGGCCACAUCAAGAUCACUGACUUUGGUCUCUGCAAAGAAGGCAUCAGUGACGGGGCCACCAUGAAAACCUUCUGUGGGACUCCGGAGUACCUGGCGCCUGAGGUGCUGGAGGACAACGACUAUGGCCGGGCAGUGGACUGGUGGGGGCUGGGCGUGGUCAUGUACGAGAUGAUGUGUGGCCGCCUGCCCUUCUACAACCAGGACCACGAGCGCCUGUUCGAGCUCAUCCUCAUGGAGGAGAUCCGCUUCCCGCGCACGCUCAGCCCCGAGGCCAAGUCCCUGCUUGCCGGACUGCUUAAGAAGGACCCCAAGCAGAGGCUUGGUGGGGGGCCCAGUGAUGCCCAGGAGGUCAUGGAGCACAGGUUCUUCCUCAGCAUCAACUGGCAGGACGUGGUCCAGAAGAAGCUCCUGCCACCCUUCAAACCUCAGGUCACGUCUGAGGUCGACACACGGUACUUCGAUGAUGAAUUCACCGCCCAGUCCAUCACAAUCACACCCCCCGACCGCUAUGACAGCCUGGGCUCCCUGGAGCUGGACCAGCGGACCCACUUCCCCCAGUUCUCCUACUCGGCCAGCAUCCGGGAGUGAGCAGUCCGCCCACGCAGAGGAUGCCCCCAUGCUGCCAUCACCGCUGGGUGGCUUUUUUCCAACUUUUUACUUUGCCUUUUUGGUUUGUGUCCCCACCCCUACCUCCUCGCCUGCUUUCCAGUUCUUCUUCAGGCCCCUCCGGGACGCACCCCAGCGGCCCCUGCGGCCCCUGCUUCCGGCCUCACGUUUGUGCCUGGACUCGCAUUUGGGAGACUCCAUCUCCUGCCCAGGCCCAGGCUGUUGGGCGGCUGCAGAGAUUCAGGUUUUAAACCACACAAGCCCCAGUGAGGGGUUAAGCAUGGCGCCCGGGGCCUGCUUGGGUUUCUGGCCCGGGCGCCGGUGGCUGCCUCUGCGCUGCUGCUUCCAGAUGAAGCCUGCCUUCUGGUGCGACACGACACCCGGCAGACAGUGGUGCUGCCUUCCAGGCCCCGUGGCCUAGGCUUGGAAUGCCCAGGCGCGGGUCCAAUCCCCCACCCGCUGUCCUCCCAUGGGGGCAGAAAAGCAAUAAUAUCCAGGGACAGGCAGGGGCCCUGGGGAGCUGCAGGGUUGGGAGUUAGGGCCGCUCCCUGGUGAACACAGCUAGGUCCUAGGAUCUGUGCUGUGGGAAACCAGGAGGGGCCGGGCUGGGUGCUGCCUCCUGGCCCUGCUUCCUCCCCACCAAGCUGCCAUCCUCACCCUGUGGAUGAGGCAGGAGGAACACUUGGGGGCAAACCUGCCUGCCCCCAGCCCCGUGCCUUACCAGGGCUUCCUUCCAGCUGGCCUUUCCUCCUGCUGGACCCCGGGCCUGGCCGGGCCUGGGCUCGCCCCCUUCUCUGCAGGGGCGGAGGGGCACCAGCCUCAGCUGUUACAAUCUUACACCAGACAGUAUUGGGCCCCAUGGACUUGGUCAGGGAGGAGUGGGGGUGGGCAUCUCUGGUACCUGUUGGGGUGAGGGAGCCUCUGAGAAGGGAGGCUCCUAGGCCCUGUCUUCCUUCCCCCUCCCCAGGGCCCCACGUUCUGCAGCCUUAAGGUUAAACAUGAGUGCAUGUCUAUGUCAGUGCUGUGGGACCCCUGUGUGUGCUUCAGACUGCGUGUGUCGGCGUGACUCAGGCACACGUGGGUGUGUGUGCAUGUGUGUGGGUGUGUGUGUAUGUGUGUUGGUGUGUGUGAAGCAGUAUGUCCUCCAGUGUGCAUGGUGUGUGGGCUUGGGCCCCAUCCCUGGCCCGAGCAUUUCAUCCUGUGGGGCAGGGUUGGUGACCUAGUGUGAGCCCAGCCACCGGGAUCCAGGCGCUGCCCCGCCCACGCCUUCCCUCCCCGCAGCAACACCUCUGGGUGUUUGGAGUUGAGCUUUUGUGGGUUUGAUUUCCCUACCCCACCUCCUGUACUGCGCAGUUCCUGGCGGGGUGGGGAGGGGUGGGGUGGGUUUGGGCGGGUGGGGGUCUUUCUUUCCUCUGCGCGAUGUCGAUUAUCUGACAGUUCUCUUCCGUCCCUACUGGCUUUUCUCCUCGUCUUCAUAUUUGUACGGUACAAGCAAUAAAGACACUCAUUUCAGACCAGG